GCCACUGGACACCUGCGUAGACUUGCUAGCGAUGUUGCGCUUCCUCUCUAUCGCCUCUGCGGCUUGGGCUUCGCUCUUCGUGCUCGACGUUGCGGCUCUCCCCACGCACCCUGUGCGCGCCGCGGCAGCCGUUACGGCACUUUCGAACACGGAACUGGCGAGUUAUGCGCCGUUCACCCAGUUCGCGAGGGCGGCGUACUGCUCGCCGAGCGUGGUAAAGACCUGGUCUUGCGGUGAUGCUUGCAACGCCAUCCCCGGGUUCCAACCCGCCCUGACCGGCGGCGACAAUGCCGCCCUUCAAUAUUAUUUCGUGGGAUACUGGCCCAGCCAGAAGGCCGUCGUCGUCGCCCACGAAGGAACAGACCCCACCCAAUUCCUGGCGGACCUGACGGACAUCAACAUCGUUCAGACAGCCUUGGACACCACGCUCUUCCCGGGCGUGCCAUCCAAUGUUCUCGCGCACUCCGGCUUCGUGCAGGAGCAUGCGAAGACGGCCGCAAGUAUUCUGGCGACGACCAAGAGUCUGCUCGCAGCGAACGGCGCGUCGACUGUCAUUACGGUUGGGCACUCGUUGGGAGGUGCCGUUGCGGAACUGGACGCGUUGAUGUUCACUUUGAACCUUCCAUCGACUGUGCACAUCAAGUCACAAACCUACGGAACACCGCGUGUCGGCAACCCCGCCUACGCAACGUUCUUCGACUCCAAGGUCUCCGACUUCAAGCGCAUCAACCACGCCAGCGACCCCGUCCCGAUCGUCCCCGGGCGCGGGCUCGGCUUCCAACACCCCCACGGGGAGAUCCACAUCCAGGCGGACAAUUCAGCGGUCUCGUGCCCCGGCGACGACGACGCGACUGAUUCGCAAUGCACGAUCGCAACUGUGCCGAACAUCUUUGUAGGCAACAUCCUCGAUCAUCUCGGCCCGUACGAGGGUAUCUUCGUUGGCACCCUGGCCUGUACGUGAAAGUAUACCAUAGUUUGUACAUGUACGCGUAAAAGGGCGUACUAUAUUGCGAGGCCCGCCUCCACGGCGGGCGCGUCGUUAUUCUUAUCCACAUUUCUGAAUCUACCCGUGGGCCUUACGCUACAGGAGGCUCAGGUGAACAGCGAC